AUGUCUAAAACAGAUUCAUCAGUUACCAAACGUCUACAAUCUGAAUUGAUGGCUUUAAUGAUGGCAAGUAGUCCAGGUAUUUCAGCAUUUCCAGAUGGUGAUAAUAUGUUUAAUUGGACAGGUACUAUUCAAGGAGCGGCAGGUACCGUCUACGAAGGUAUGGAAUUCAAGAUGUCUUUGAAGUUCCCGACAGACUACCCAUUCAAGCCACCCACUGUAAAGUUUGAAACAAGCUGUUUCCAUCCAAACGUUGACCCACAAGGUACAAUCUGUCUCGAUAUCCUCAAGGAGAAGUGGUCGCCCAUCUACAACGUUCGUACUCUCCUAUUGUCGAUUCAAUCGCUCCUCGGUGAACCAAAUAACGAUUCACCACUCAACACCUACGCUGCAUCCAUCUGGGAGAACCAAGAGGAAUACAAGAAAGUACUAGUCAAGAAAUAUCAUGAAGCCACUGGAAUUACCAUUUCCACAGCUUAA